GGGGAGGCCAGGAACAGGGUCCGGCGCACAGCAGGCCCGCUGAGGAGAGAUUCCCAGGACGUUUUUAAACCUCCGCACAAUCUGAGCCCCAGGGAGGGUGGAAACCUGCCCGGAGCGCAGCUCCAAACUGAGUCUGGUGAGGGCACGGGGGUGACCCUACUGUCCCUGUCCUCAGGUCCCCCUCGCCUGUGCGCCCGGCCUCUGUCUCUGCCUUGUGUUUCCUCCAGUCCGGGAGGUCCUGCUGGGAGCCCCUGGCUCUGGGGUCCCUGGCUAGGGACGUCCAAAAAAUGGCCACCCCAGCCAGCCAGGGGCCGCCCAGGCCCUCCCCAGCCCCCUCAGCCCUGCCCAAGAGGAGGUCUAGGAAGCAGCAGAAGCCCCUCCGGGGCUCGGAGAAGGUGGACCCUGCGUUCACGGGGGUGACCCUGAAGUUUCAGAUAAAGCCGGACUCCAGCCUACAGAUCAUACCUAGCUACAGGCGCUGUGCUUCCUGUAAGACCCAGAGGACCCCGCUCUGGAGAGAUGCCGAGGAUGGGACCCCUCUCUGCAAUGCCUGUGGUAUCAGGUACAAGAAGUAUGGUACCCGGUGCUUCACCUGCUGGUUGGUGCCCAGGAAGAGUGUGCAGCCCAAGAGGCUCUGUGGAAGAUGUGGGGUGUCCUUGGGCUCCCACCAAGGCCCACCUCAGGGAGGACCCAGGAAGCCUAAAUGGAAGAUUCUGGCCCCAGGCCCCAGAACCCCUCAGGGAGAAGAAAGGACGGAGGCCUCUGUCCCCGGGGAACGUGAAACCCCUCCUCAAUCCCUGCUCCAAUCAUUGUGGGCUGAACCCCACCUCCAGAAAUGCUCGAAGUAGCAGCAAUGGUUGCUGGAACAAUAGUGACAAUAAAGAGUUAAGCAUCUCUGA